AUUCUAACACAAAAUCCCUAGAAUUUAGAAUUGGAGAUGUCCAAAGGGGGAAAGGAAAAAUAAACGGAAAAAAUGUUUCCGAAGAUCCAGAUUUCGCCGACAAUCAGCGCGGUGGCGCGCCACCGCCAUGUGGGGCAUAUCCACCGCCGCUUAUUGCACAAUGGCCCAGACACCAUUGAAGAGCUAUUCGACAGGCAUGUAGUCAAGAAUGAUAACAAGCACCUCGAUGACGACGAAAAGGAACUUUUGACUCGGCAGCGGCUCACCAGCACUCGUCGCGAGGCUCUGAGUCUGUACCGUGAUAUCAUCCGGGCUACUCGUUUCUUCACGUGGCCUGACUCGCGGGGUUUCCUUUGGCGCGACGUUUUGAGGGAAAAUGCGCGGAAGGAAUUCGAGGCUGCCCGCUUCGAGAAGGACCCAGAGGUAGUCACCCGGUUGCUUAUCGGGGGACGGGACGCAGUGCAGGCGGCGAUCGAUAAGCUCGUGGAGAAGCAGAAGCACCAAAUUGACAAGGAAAGAAAUCAAUCGGGUCGCUGAUUAUGUUAGUGAUGAAAACUUAAUCUCUCAACUCUGUAUCGAAUUUUGAACCCGAGGAUUCUCCAAGUAGCCUCAUAUGGUGAUAUGUAUCUGCAGUCAUAAUACAUAAUACACAUUAACUACAUGUACAUUAUGCUCUCUUUAUCCUUCCUUUGUGCUCUUAUUAAAAAAAGUAGUCACACAACUAUUCCUUUGUUGAUAUACUUGAAUAAAGAUUUUAUUGAUUGUAAUUGGUUGCACCAUUCAACGAAGAUAUGUGCGCUAUAUUUCAUUAGAAUAUAUCUAUUGUGUGAAACUGCAAAUCUAUUAUGCGAAUGCACCUUAUUUUUUAUAA